AUGAUGGCUUCAGAGAUGAGCAAAGAUGUGAAGUUCUUCGAAGAAGAAGUCACCUCACACCCUCGCAUUCUUAAAGGUGAGGAACAAAAUGGUUGCGCCUGCGCGGCAGCCUUAAAUCUUCACGCUGAUGCUGGACGAGCUGCAAUAGUCGAUGUGCAAGUGAGGAGGCUCGUGGUGGGUGUUGGUCGAAGCGAAAGUGGUGGGGAUGCUGGAGUAAGCGACCUAUGCCGGUUGGGAUCCUUCUCCUUGCCUCCCCGACUGUGCCGAGAGAUAGUGGAGGAGGUGUGGGCUAAGAUCAAUAGGGAGCCCCGACCGGUGCAUGACCAGCCUCUGGCCGCGCCUCUGUCAUCGCAGCUUCUUGUCUAG